GGCUCUCGGGCCGGCAGCCGGCUGAAAUUGCCCCUGCAUCAUCCUGGGGGGAUCAUUGUUUAUGAUGUGACGUCAGCCGGCUGGAUGCUUGUUCUCCCUCUUGAAUGAGAGCGUGGAGAGAGGGAGAGAGAGACUGACAUUUGGAAUUCCUUCAGGGAAAAGAUGGAAAUGGGAGCGUAAGCGUGCUGGCAAGAUUUCAAGCGGCACGGCUUUAUUACGAAGUUUUCCUUGCAAAAAGAAAGAAAAAGCCCCUGCGCACGGAGCCGCCUGACAGAACCGACCCUCCGACACGGCGCUGCGCGGACUUAACUGGGAACUGGAAUCGUAUCCUCGCGUGUUUUUCCAGACUCCUUGGAAAUUAAGGAAUGCAAUUCUGCCACCAUGAUGGAAGGAUUGAAAAAGCGUACAAGGAAAGCCUUUGGAAUACGGAAGAAAGAAAAGGACACUGAUUCUACGGGCUCACCAGACAGAGAUGGAAUUUUCCAGCAGCCCAGCCCACAUGAGCCACCCUACCAUAGCAAAACAGAGUGUGCACGGGAAGGAGGAAAAAAAGUCUCGAAGAAAAGCAAUGGGGCACCAAAUGGAUUUUAUGCAGAAAUUGAUUGGGAAAGAUAUAACUCCCCUGAGCUGGAUGAAGAAGGCUACAGCAUCAGACCCGAGGAGCCUGGCUCUACCAAAGGAAAGCACUUUUAUUCUUCAAGCGAAUCAGAAGAGGAGGAAGAAUCCCACAAGAAAUUUAAUAUCAAGAUUAAACCAUUGCAAUCAAAAGACAUUCUUAAGAAUGCUGCAACUGUCGAUGAGCUGAAGGCGUCGAUAGGCAACAUUGCCCUCUCCCCAUCGCCAGUGAGGAAAAGUCCGAGGCGCAGUCCGGGUGCAAUUAAAAGGAACUUAUCCAGUGAAGAAGUGGCAAGACCCAGGCGUUCCACACCAACUCCAGAACUUGUAAGCAAAAAGCCUCCAGACGACACUGUGGCCCUUGCUCCCCUCUUUGGCCCUCCAUUAGAAUCAGCCUUUGAUGAGCAGAAGACAGAAGUUCCUUUAGAUCAGCCUGAAAUAUGGGGUUCAAGCCAACCAAUUAAUCCAAGCGUCGAGUCGCCAAAGUUAACAAGACCUUUUCCCACUGGAACACCUCCACCACUGCCACCUAAAAAUGUACCAGCAACCCCACCCCGAACAGGCUCCCCCUUACCUGUUGGACCAGGAAAUGACCAGUCAGCCACAGAGGUCAAAGUUGAAACGCUACCAUCGAUCAAUGACCUGGACAGCAUUUUUGGCCCAGUAUUGUCCCCCAAGUCUGUUGCUGUUAAUACUGAAGAAAAGUGGGUUGAUUUUUCUGAUACAUCCCCGGAACAUGUUACUCCAGAGUUGACUGCACGGGAAAAGGUGGUGUCCCCACCAACAACAUCAGACAACUCAACUGAGCCCCCAACCCCAGGUCCUCCUGGUGCCCCGGCCGUCCCAGGGCCCCCCAGCCCUCCUGGCUCUCCUGGCUCUCCCAGCCCCCCCGGCCCUCCCGGCCCUCCAGGUCCGCCUCGAAAUGUACCAGCACCACUCAGUUUAGAAGAUGGCCAGAAGAAAGUUGCUGAGCAGACCUACAUUAAAGAUGAUUACUUAGAAACAAUCUCAUCUCCUAAAGAUUUUGGGUUGGGACAGAGAGCAACCCCGCCUCCCCCGCCACCACCCACGUACAGGACUGUGGUCUCCUCCCCUGGACCUGGCUCCGGCAGUGGUACAGGGACCACCAGUGGUGCAUCAUCCCCCGCUCGACCAGCCACCCCCUUGGCUCCUUGCAGCAGCAGCACGCCACCUCCCCCUCCUCCCAGACCUCCAUCUCGCCCAAAGCUACCUCCAGGAAAACCCGGAGUCGGAGAUGUGUCCCGACCUUUUAGCCCUCCCAUCCACUCUUCCAGCCCUCCUCCGAUAGCACCCCUAGCCCGGGCUGAAAGCACUUCUUCAAUCUCGUCCACCAAUUCCUUGAGUGCAGCCACCACUCCCACAGUUGUGUCAGAAGAUGAUGUUUUUUAUGACACACUGCCCUCGUUUGAAAGGCGCUGUGAAACGCCUGCAGAGAAUGAACAGCCUUCCCUCGUUUGGUUUGACAGAGGGAAGUUCUAUUUGACUUUCGAAGGUUCUUCCAGAGGGCCCAGCCCCCUAACCAUGGGAGCCCAGGACACCCUCCCAGUUGCAGCUGCCUUUACAGAAACGGUCAAUGCCUACUUCAAAGGAGCAGAUCCAAGCAAAUGCAUCGUGAAGAUCACCGGGGAGAUGGUGUUGUCCUUUCCUGCUGGCAUCACCAGACACUUUGCCAACAACCCAUCCCCAGCAGCUCUGACUUUUCGGGUGGUGAAUUUCAGCAGGUUAGAACACGUCCUGCCAAAUCCCCAACUUCUCUGCUGCGAUAAUACCCAAAAUGAUGCCAAUAACAAGGAAUUCUGGGUAAACAUGCCAAAUUUGAUGACUCAUCUAAAGAAAGUGUCUGAACAGAAACCUCAGGCUACGUAUUAUAAUGUGGAUAUGCUCAAAUAUCAGGUGUCAGCCCAGGGCAUUCAGUCCACGCCUCUGAACCUGGCAGUGAAUUGGCGCUGUGAGCCUGUGAGCACAGACCUGCGCAUAGAUUACAAAUACAACACAGAUGCGAUGACAACCGCGGUGGCCCUCAACAACGUGCAGUUUCUGGUCCCCAUCGAUGGAGGAGUCACCAAGCUGCAGGCUGUGCUUCCACCUGCAGUCUGGAAUGCUGAACAACAAAGAAUAUUGUGGAAGAUCCCCGAUAUCUCUCAGAAGUCAGAAAAUGGAGGAGUGGGGUCUUUAUUGGCGAGGUUCCAGUUAUCUGACGGCCCGAGCAAACCCUCCCCGCUGGUUGUGCAGUUCACCAGUGAAGGCAGCACCCUUUCUGGCUGCGACAUUGAGCUUGUGGGAGCAGGGUAUCGGUUUUCACUCAUCAAGAAAAGGUUUGCUGCAGGAAAAUACUUGGCAGAUAACUAAUAAAAUGUUACACAAGGAUUUGGAAAACUCAUUAAUAUGGAGGACUGUUGUAUGAGAACCUGGUUUUCAUUUCAGUUCGAUGAAAGCAAACCCAAAUCUGCACUUGGGAUAAAGCUGCUUGAAAUGUCCACGACUUUCAGCAGUGACGUCCCUCACACAAUACCGUGAUGACCAGUCGUACAGUAUUUACUUCUAGGUGUAAUAUUGUUAAUGGUUUUAAAAUGUAAUUAUUGUAUUUGUAAAUUGUACCCAUCCAGUAAGGCAGUUAGACCCUGAGUUUUAGCAUUUUACCAUUCCUGACAUGGAUGUAAUUUAAACUGUGGUAUGUAAAUUUAAUAGUAGUCCUGUUGAAUGGCACAAUGCUUACAGAGGUAGAUUGCAUUUUGUCAAUAUAUAAAAUUUAAAUAUUAUAUUGAAGGCUGUCAUAAAGGGGGUGCCACAUACAAAGAAAAUUCAGUGGAACCAGAAAAAAAACCCUUAACUUUUAUUUAGUCCUUAGUAUGUCUUACGCUGGUACUAAAUAAAAAUUCUAUCUUCAAAUAUUUAGUUGGUUUAAAUUCAGAAACUAUUUCAGGAAAAAAAAUUCUAAAGGUUACAGCAUAUUCAAAGAAAAGCAUUACCACUUUUUAAAAAGCUUUUUUUUCAAACUGCAAAUUUCAUAAAAAUGCAAACUGUGUAAACAGGGCCUCUUAUUUUUAUAACUUGUGUAAAAAGGGAAAGCAAUUCAUAUUUAAAGUUUAAGUAUAUGAAAUUAUAACCAAGAGAAAAGAAGAUGAUGAAGUCUUAACUACUUCUCCCUCUCUCCACAUUAAAGGUGGAGAUUGUUGAGUAAUAACCAGUCAGACGAAAACCAAAAUUGGGAUUUUAAGGCUUUCUGUCCUUGGACUGGUUCACAACUUGUGCAGUCACUCUGAAUAAUUGCCCUCCCCACCCAAGCCAGGAACUGGCACCUCAUGUCUGCCUCUUUUUCCAUAGACAUCCAAACAGUACAUUUUAGUCCCCUGUUUAGGUACAGAAGGAUAAUUUUGAUUAUCAUCAGUUCUACCACUUGGGAAGGAAAACUAUAAGCUUUAUCAAUUAAUACUAUUCACAUGUAUUGUGCAAUAAACUUCCUUUUGAGUGAACGAAAUAUUCUUUAUUAAGAUUCAUUGGCUAAAACUGUAACUCUUUGCCAUUCUUGGGGAAUCGAGAAGUGAGUUCUCAUGAAGUGACGCUAUGAGUCUACUGCUGCAAGACAUCAUCACAACGGUCACCACCUGCCCAGCCCUCCAAUGUGGGAGACCAGAGAGCAGAGGCACAUCGCCCAGGCCCCAAAUCUAAAAACAUGAGUGUCCUUUCCAUUAUCGAGCUUAGUUUUACAUUAAACCAAUCCCUAGUUUGGACUGGGUUACCAAAUGCAUGGGUUUCAUUUUACGUGGAUCCACAACAAUGCUCAUGGAAGCAGCAGUCAGGAAACCAAGCAAGGCAAUGUCUUGGGCAACCUGCUGCUGCUGAAAAAAUAAAUUCUAUAAAGUGUUAAAAAUGAAAGGUCUCACUUUGAAGAUUAAGGUGUACCUGAUCCAAACCUUGAUAUUUAAAUUGCCUCAUUUCAUAAGGAAGCUGGACAAUGAAUAAGGAAGACCCCAGAAAAAAUGAUACCUUUGAAUUAUGAUAUUGGUGAAGAAUAAUGUAUAACAGACUAUGGAUGGCCAGACCAGAAUGCUCCACAGAAGGGACAAUGGUGCGACUUUGUGUCAUGUACUCCAGUCCCUGGAGAAAGACAGCAUGCUUGGCUGAGGGUCAGUGAAGAAGAAGACCCUCGCAAGAUGUACUGAAACGGUGGCUUCACCAACGGACUCAAAUCUAGCCCGGAUUGUGAGGACGGUCCAGAACGGGGCAGGGUUAAUUCUGAUGGGUGCAAGGUCUCUAUGCCCUGACUUGACAUCGCUUAGCAACAAUUCAAAACCUCCAGUUCUUACGUUGUUAUACCGAUCAUCAGUUGCUAAGCUUUACUUUAUAUUCAUAUUUGGCAAGGAAACCAUACCUUUAAAUUUUAGAGUCAAAUUAAGUCUUUGAAAAUACGAUUGUGACUGACCAGAGUUUACAAGCGAACUUUCAAAAAUUCAAAUUUCCAGGCCAAACUGAGUGCUUAUUACCAAGAGAAUGUUCAAAAUGAUCUGCUUUACCUUGGAAGGGUGCUUACUCUUCCAGCAAGCUCUCAGUUGGCUUAUUACUAGAUCAGAGAGACAUUUCCAGGAACUCUCCAUUGGCACCCCAAAGUGGUCUCAGUUGAAGGUUUCUUUGAAAAAACUAGUUAAUGUACUCACUUUUAAUAAAGAUGUGCAAUUCGAUUUUGAAGCCAAAACUGAAGAUCCAAACUUUUAAUUUUCCCAUGAAACAUGGGGAAAUUGGUGACACUGCAAGGAAACCAUGGAAACUGAGAGACGUCCAGCAUAUGGAUAUAAAACGCUUACAUAACCAACUCAUGAGCAGCUCGGGUAUUAACAAAAAUCACAGUAAACUGCGUAGAUACUACUGGUUCUCAUGUUUUGAUCUCUUAUUUGAUAUAAUUCUAGACCUAAUUAGUAUUUGAACUAUACAACGGCUCCCCCACCGCAGAUACUGUAGAAAUGAAAUUGAAAUUACACUAUCCCCUAACAUUAUCCAGCUGUUUCCAGGAAUUAAAUGUGAAAUUAUGAAAGCAUUUUUAAUUCCUUUCAUCAGUCCUCAUGAUAAAAUAGAGUGGGAAUCAGUGAGUUCAAAAUUAUUACACCUUGAAUAGCCAGAGCAUCAAUAAAAAGUCUAUCUCUUCAAAUAAUAAUAAACUCAUAUCAGGGAUUUAGAUUCUGGGGUUUGGUUUACUUUCAGUCUUGCAGGUUAUAAUCUUCUGUAUCCAUAGUACUGUAAAAUGAGAGUUCAGGUUCAGAAAAAUUAUUACAGGCAAUGCAAGAGUCUUCAAUAAUCACAUACAUAUUAACCCUGGUCACUACCAGCUCCUACAUUAGAAAAAGUGAAGUAGUACAUAUGAAGAUGAUUUUCAGUACCAGGGGUUAAACUAGCAGCACCAUUUCCUGAACAUUAUGAUUUUAAAAGGUUCUACUCUAGGAAGACAGAAAUUAUGACUGUUAACUGCUUUGCUUUUCUUUUUUAAGCAACAUGGAAAUUAUAUCUUCUCCAAUAAAUUCCAUAUUUUCAUGAA